AUGAUUAAUUUGUCCGGGGAUUUGUCAAAGGCUCCGCUUGCCCGAUCGUCCCUUGUUCAAGAUUAUUUUGUUGGUCCUUCAAAAUCAUCACCUAAGGCCUCUAAUUUUCUUAUCAUCUGGUACAUAUUCUCUGGUACAUAUUCUCUCCUCAUCUGCCUCCUCAUCUGCCAAAAAGUCAUCAAUUGGGCUUCCUCCAUUUUAUUUUCAGCUAUGACAGUGCACAAGAAUGUGGACCUGGUUCUGCUGGGUGCCAGUGAUAAAGUAGUUUUGCCUCACCUGCAGCCUGCUCAUCAAUAUCAGAUUUUUUUUGGCCAUGAAAAGAAAAUACUUGUGGUCACAAAAAAUAACAGGGCACAUGAGUUGGCGCAUCGUGAAGUUGAUGAAUUGUUGUCUAAGUCGAGCGAGGUGUCCUUAGAAUGA